UGGAUGCAGUCAUCAAAUUCUUGUCCGACUUGCGCGCAAAGACCGAUAAUAAGUCCAGCACAUAGAGCAAGAGAUACUGGUUGGCGCGGGGCAUGGAUCGAAUGAGUCGCUUGUACGUAGCGAUGACUUCGUCCUGGUUGACUGGCUCCUGCGCUGAACGACGCAUGUCGCCCGAAUCGUGUAUCGAACAACGUACAGCGUGAUACAUAUCGUGAGGGAUGACAGGUUCCUAGUGCCGAUGUCAGCUAGCUCGCCAGUCAAGCGCACAUGGUAAACGCGCACAGGCAUCUGGGUCAGAUAUCUCCGGAAGACACUCGCAACAUCGUGUGUCGUAUACGAUUCGUUCUUCCAGUCCAGUGACUUGCCGUACUAGGGGGGCUCAGGUCUUGCGCUGGAGCGCGGGCGGCUGCAUUGCGUCGACGCACCUUGGGAGGCGUUUCGAAUAGGGCUUGCAGCUCCCUCAUGCGCUUAUUAGAUCCGUUCACGCGAAACGUUCCUGGUACUUCGGUCGCUGUGGAGCUCAGAAUCACUCCUCGGUCCCUGCAUCUCUCAAUUGAUCCCACGAACCGUUCUCCUUGAGCCACAGCCCGCUGCGAAAGACUUUGAGGAUUGCCCGCACCCGAAAAAGCAGGAGAGCGCCGACGCACCAUUUGGCAACCACGACGGGGAUGUACCCCCAGACAUACAAGUUCCCCUGCGCAUUCGCCGUCGAGAUCUGCACGGACGCAUAUUUUAGGCUCUCCCUCAACGGCUUUCCAAAGACCGUGUGCACUGUGUCGUCUGACCAGGCUCAAACCGUCAGCCCGCAUCCCACCAGCGCCAACACCACCACCAACGCACCCUGGUUGUACUCCUUGAUCUUCUGCGGGGAUGUGAAGGCCGCCCACCACGCCUUGAGAUUGGCCUUCGUCGGUGCUUGGUCCGCUGCCAUUCCCGGGUUGCUGCCCAGACCGGCUCCGAGACCCGACAGUCCAAGGUUCGAAUGGCGAGGACCAGAAUCACGGUGUGGGGUAGCAGGUGCGUCAGGCUGGGGCGGUAGAGACAGGCGAUGGUCGUGCAAGUCGAGAGUCUGGGAUUUCUUCUUCGAAAAGGGCAAAAAACGGCGGAGGCGAGGCGCCAGUUGAGAAAUGGGUGCUGUGGUUUAGUUCCGUUGCGAGCGCGUAGGGACAAGUGAAGCAGUUU